UUUUCGAUUUUUCAUAAUCAUAAGCCGUAAAGAACAAAAGAAAAUGGUUUGGAGUGGUCAAAAGUUCUAUGUAUUAAAGAUUACAAGUAUUUGAACUAUUUAAAUUGAAAGAAUGAAAUAAAUUUUCGAAGAUACCUCGUAACCAGCUGUACGAACGCGAACCGAACGAGUUUUAAAAUAAAAAAGAAAAAGAGAGAGCAAUUCAUCAAUUUGAAAUUUCAUUGAUAUGUUCAUCGGGUGUGGGGGGAGGCACAUCGACUACUCGCCUCGAAACUUCUAGUACUUUAAACUUGGCUUUGGCCGAAUUUCUCGCGGUCUCGCGCUUAACGUUUACGUCGAACGUACCUACAUGAAAAUAACGCGGUGUCGUAACCUUAGCGGGUUUUCGAAAACAUCCGGUUCGAAAUUUCGAGGUAAUGCUCAAACAGUGGCGCCUUCGGUUUCUUCUUUAAUAUUAUUUGUUCGGUAAAAGUUAGUUCGGCGGAACAGUGUAUGUCGCAUCAGUAAUUUCAUUUAAACUGUGAUUUUUUUCGUUUGGUGGCGACGAUGGGUUCUCGUGAAGGUUUUAGAUUGUCCUAACGGAUAUGCUGGGAAACUUAGAUCCGUUUUGUGAGAUAUGACAGUAAUUGGGGAGAAAUAUGUAGACGAAAUCUGCGUUGAGGGAUGUUUGGGGGCUGUGACGGGUGAAGACUCGAGUUACGAUUCGGAUUACGAAGCAGACACUCCAUCUUCGGCUGUACAGGCGCCGGCUUAUCAUCAUGAUGUCUCUCGAACGACCAGCGACACCCUCGCUGCAGAAUACGCCGAAUACGUACAGUCCACUCCGGAAAUAUCAGCCGGAUAUACAGCCAGGGUAGAAUUCGCUCUGAAAUUAGGUUAUACGGAAAAAUUAGUACAAGCAGCUUUACAAAAAUUGGGUCCCUCACCCACCCAAAACGAACUUUUAGCGGAACUCAUUAAAUUAGGAGCACAGAAGGGUAGCUCCUGCGACAACAGCCCCACGGAAAGUUCCUUGGACGUGACUCCAUUUCAAUUGGACACUCUCGAAGGCUCCCAGUUGCUACGACCCAUUGUUAUAGAUGGCAGUAACGUAGCUAUGAGCCAUGGAAACAAAGAAAUAUUUUCCUGUCGCGGUAUAAAAAUAUGCGUGGAUUGGUUCAAAGCUCGCGGUCACAAAGCCAUCACGGUAUUCGUUCCGAAAUGGCGUAAAGAAUCACCACGACCCGAUAAUCUGAUACGGGAUCAAGAGAUUCUAGCCGAACUCGAGAAAGACAGACUAUUAGUUUUUACUCCAUCGAGAUUAGUGGGAGGAAAAAGGAUGGUCUGUUACGACGAUAGGUACAUAUUAAAAUUGGCGGCGCAAACCGACGGUAUUGUAGUAAGCAACGAUAAUUAUCGCGAUCUGUGUCAGGAGAACGCGGAAUUUCGUAAAGUCGUAGAAGAACGUAUACUCAUGUAUUCAUUCGUCAACGAUCAUUUUAUGCCGCCCGAUGAUCCUUUGGGAAGAUCCGGACCGACGUUGGACAACUUUUUGAAAUGUCAAUCGAAGAAAGGGGAUCCGCCUCCGCCUUGUCCUUACGCCAAAAAAUGCACUUAUGGUAACAAAUGCAAGUACCAUCAUCCAGAACGAGGACCUCUACCCCAUAAAAGCGUCACGGAGAGAUUGUCGGAGCACGCGCAGAGACAUUUACAGGCUAGGGAAGGUGACAUUCGUAAAACACCAUUAGGUCGUACUCGUUCGAACGUACCACCCGCCAAAGAACCUCAACACGCCGUCGUCUCCAAAAGUCGUAGCGUGGACAACGUCGGUGCUUCCUAUAUAACUCCACCUUCACAACAUUCACUCCAAGAAAAUUUGCACAAGAAAUUACAACGACAACUUACCCUAAAUCCGGGUGCGGAUCCUCGACUAAAUGUCAGAUACCCAGGAGUAUCACCAAGCCAGAUUUCGACAGGACAAUCGACUUCGCCAUUCAUGAGUCCUCCACCAGGUUGGGACGUACAUCAACACGUGACUAGAAUCGCCUCGGCACCUGAUUCUUAUAGACCUUGGCCUCCACAGCAACAUCCCCAACAUAGACAUAUGCAGAGAAUAUCAAGUUGUUCGGAUACACAAUUGAACAUGUGGCCUCCUGUUUGGUCUCAAGGUGGUACGCAUCACUUAUCCGGCAGUUCUCCCGUCCAAGAGGACCGUAGAAAAUUGCACUAUCAUCUAGCAGCUAUCUUUCCCGAAGAACAAGUCACUCAAGCCAUGCAGAUGUAUCCGGAUGAGACGAAUCCUCAGAAAAUUUGCGCCGCCAUACUUAGUAUGUUUCCUAAAACGUAAGAUGUAUAUGUAUGGUGCCAACAUCUUAAUAGUGUCAAAUUUCGAAUAUUAUUCGAAAUAUUUCUUUUAUUGUUAUAAUGGAACAGAAAUACUCUUGUGAAAACGAUCCUAAUUUGAUAUUAACGUUUUUAUGCUUCAAUUUGUGCUCGUCUUUUCUCCUUAAAUUCGAAAACUUAUUACAAGGACCUUUACCAAGAUUCCAUUUAGAUGGUUCUAACCUCGUUAAUUUUUUUUGUUAACAGAUAAAUCAGCAAUCAGAAUCAAAAAUAUUCCAAAAGCUAAUUGACCGGCAUAUAACUCAGCCAAGGGCACAAUAAGGGCUCUAAUAUUUCAUUUAAAAUCUAUAAGGAGUCGUUUUUAUCCUUGUGGUUCUAGUAAUGGUUAUAUUAGAGGAUUCUCAUGCCCCUUUAGUCGUUUAAUAUAUCUUCUGCUAUGCUUCUGGAUAUCUUCUGUGAUGUACUGUAUGCCAGGAUCUUUGUGGAGGGUAUCGUUAGACACAUACCACCUCUACAUGAAGUAUUUUACAUUGAGACUUUUGGAGGAUAGCACUUCCUUCUCCAAUCUCCUUCUAACAGGUUUAAGUUUUGUUGGAGAUAAACUGGAUCUUCGUGAUUGGAUAAAACGACUAAAAA